UCUUUCCUUCAAGAUGUCAACUGCGCACUCAAAUUGAACAUGUCAAAAUAAAUUUAUAGUUUACAUUUCAUUGAUAUGGUCUUUAUUUUUAUAUGAACGCUAUUGCGUUUCGUUUAACCUAGUUUUCUGAGUGACGACCUGGUUACAGGAGUUGUAGGAUUCUGGAGAGCAACCGAGGCUCAUGGCUGUAACGAUGGACCUGGAGGAGAGCGCGUCAGACUCGAAACUGCACAAGGAUAGCACGGCCAAGAAGGAGUUACGGCCCUCGAGCGCUGUCUCGUUCUCCAAAUCAGAUCAUGGGCCAGAACCGGCAUGUUCUAAUGAGCAACUGAAGCAGUUCAAAUCCUGGGUAAGCAACGAGAGAUGGAAUGAACUGAAGAAGUUGGCUGAAAACGCGAUGAGGGAGCGAAAAGUAUUCAUGAUAAAGGGCGGAGGAUUCCCGGCGGUGCGGAGAGCUCUCCUGGAGAGGGGCUGGAUAGAGAAAUAUGAAUCGCACAAGGCACGGCAUCCACCGGCAAAUAUGGAUCCUAAAAAAGCAACAGGUAAAGAACUUAACAGAGUUGAGAGGAUGAUUCUAUACAAAUUCAUGGAACAACAUUCAGUGGAUUUCCUGUGGACAACGAAAAGGGACAAAUACGAUUGGUUGCUUAGUAACAAAGAAGUUAUUAUUAGCAGAUUCUGCAGGUCGAUAUUUACAACCAAGGAAGGUUUGACGACGUCUUUGACCCAAAUGCACUGGUAUACCGAGCCCGGGGUUGCGUUAACAAGGUUCCCACGCUGCUACAACAUUCACAACUCGGAUAGCCUUGAGGAGUUUAUCGACGAUUUUAGAAUAACAGCAUGCAUCAGUAUCCUAAAAUGGCUAUCUAAUGCGGUGCAAACUGGCGGGGAGCAAACUCUGGUCGUGACUCACGGAAAGGUUCCGUUCAGUUCAAUAGACUUUGCCAUAACUAGACUUAACGAGUACAUAUCGUUCUUCACACAUAAAGACAUAGAUGAUACGGAAGACCAGGCUCAACAUAUUUGGGAACACGAAUGGGAUCAAUUUCUAACGCAUCAUUAUCUCCUGGUUCACGAAAAAGCCAAGUUCAUGGAGGACAAAAAUACUAACUUAAGACAACUUGAAAGAAAAGCUGCCAAGACUCUAGCGACGAUGACGAAAUUCUGGCCCCAAAUUGACAUCGACGGCGUCCUGAACAUCUGGAUAGUGAAGCCGGGCAACAAGUGCCGCGGCCGGGGCAUCCAGCUCAUGAACAACAUCAAGGAUAUCAUCGGCCUCAUCAACAUACCCGCUCAGAAGACUAGAUACGUUGUGCAGAAAUACAUUGAAAACCCCCUUGUUAUUUAUGAUACCAAAUUCGAUAUAAGACAGUGGUUUCUGAUCACGAAUUGUCAACCGCUCACCAUCUGGAUAUACAAGGACAGUUACCUAAGAUUUAGUUCUCAGAUAUUCAGCUUGUCAAAUUACCACGAGUCUGUGCAUCUCACUAAUAAUGCAGUGCAGACGAAAUACAAAAACAACGGUGACCGUGAUAAAGCGCUACCUGAUGAAAACAUGUGGGACUGUCACACCUUCAAGGCUUACCUUAGACAGAUAGGAAAGUAUGAGAUGUGGGAUUCGAAGAUAUAUCCCGGGAUCAAACAGAGCCUAAUAGGCGCGAUGCUGGCAUGCCAGGAGACGAUGGACAAAAGGCAAAACAGUUUCGAGCUAUACGGAGCGGACUUUAUGCUAACAGAGGACUUCACGCCGUGGCUUAUCGAGAUCAAUUCUAGUCCUGACUUGGCUCCCACAACUUCAGUAACAGCUCGGCUAUGCCCUCAAUGCCUUGAAGACGUCGUCAAAGUCGUUUUGGAUCGACGUCACAACCCGGAAGCCGACACAGGAACAUUUGAACUGGCCUACAGGCAGGUCAUCCCCAAAGCGCCGGCCUACCUAGGUUUAUCGCUAUGUGUCAACGGGAAGAAACUCUACAAGAAGUCAAAGGAACGAAGACACGAGCCGAAGACCGUAACGCCAUUGGAGCCUCGGGCGCCGUCUGGUGACACGAACCCUGACCAAGACCAGCCGGUGCCAGCGGAGUACAGCGGACCCAUCAUCACCGAUUUCCUCACGUGGUUAAACCCUUACGACGCCUUGCCAACCAACAAAGACGGAAUUUUGAUCGGACCAAAGGACUCCCUCACGGACACAUCGAGGAAGGCGAGAAAGAAAUUUGUCAGAAUUUAAACGCCGAGUCGUGCCUCACUCGUGUUGUCAGCCCGAUGAGGGCAAAUCCGCAAAUAACGCCGGGAAAUUUCGAACUGAAUCUGCGAGCAAAGCGGGAAAGAAGAUUAACAGGUGCUCCCAAAUCCCGAAUCCUACUGUUCCUGUGUCAAGUUCCCCACAUAAUCAAAAUCCUUUUUGCCGACUCAUAGAUAAAGUUUUUUUAAGCUUCACAAAAUUACUGUCAAUUUUCUGAGUGACAUAAAAUUUUGACAUUAAUGUCACAAAGGAAAGUCAAAAUUUUUCAAGUGCAGUUGUAAAAUGUAAUUUAAAACACAAAAAAAGGAAAUAAAACAUGAAAAAGUGAUGAAAAAUGUUUCCAUUACGCGAGGAGGUAAUACAUUAAAUAUAAUUACAGAACAUAAAAGUGGAACAUACUUUUUAAUACGCCAAUAAAUUCAAAAGGCCCUUAGUCCUAACUCCUAAUUGAAAUACAUAAUCAUAAAAUAUAAUAUGUUGCUGUUCGUAGAGGACAUACAGGUUCAUGCUAGAAAAAGAAUGAAUCGACAUCACAAUGCCACUCAGAAAGAAGAAAUGUAUCAGAAAGAAAAAGGUAAAUUAAGGCUCUAUUACGAUUUAAUCAGGUGUCUCAAAAUAGUAACGACUGCUUUUUUCUAUCGCAGAAAAGCGUAGCUUCUAGUUCGUUUCCAAAGAAACUCUCGAAGCAUUUGAGACAAGAUGGUGUUUUUGGAGGAUCUGGACCCACAAUCGAGAGACAUCCUUCAGUCCUGUCCAAAGUAAUAAGCAUUUUAAUUUAUUCUUUCAAACUAUAUAAACUUAAAGCAAUCCUUGAUACAGUUCAUAAUGAUUACAGAAAUCCCCUUAUAAGCAUUAUGAUAAAGGCGGCGUCCAACGGAUUAUGUCACCAUUUAACCGGUUUGCGCAUAACAGUCCUCGAAUAGCUGAUA